UUCGGUUAAAAGAGGAGGAAUGCUGGUUCCCGCCCGAUGAGGAGGAUUCAGAGUAUCCUACCUAUGAUCCCGACUCGGAGAACGGCUCGGGUCCCCCUGCACUGGGACUGUUCCGUUCGCCGUUCGACAACGUACCAGCAUCUAUCUCUUCAUCACAUCUCGCAUCUUGAGGAUGCAUUGCCAUUAAUGGCAGUUCUUGGUAGCUGUAUACCGCAUCGGGCAAGCGCGGACAGAACCUGCAGAAAACCACGGACGGAAUGCUAUCUGGAUUGGAAUGUGGUCAUCCUUUCUAUUCUCGGAAUCUACUACAUCAACCACCUGAUAUCAUUGCGUCGGAUAUUCUGCACCCUUCCCUUUUCGCUCUCUCAUUCGAUCAAUCGGGAAAUUGGCAGCAAGUGACAGAGCUGCUGUGAUCCGUUAAAAGAACUUGAUGAGAUGGAAAUCAAAUACACAACUCGUGGUACGUGGUAUGCGAAGUCCCUGACCUACCGGCUCCGAACCGUGACCGAAACCUUGCAACUAGACUAAUCUCUGACGGAUUUCCUUGGAGCGGCUCAUAA